UCUGCUGCCAUCAUGUCAUCCCGCUGUGUUUUUAAGCUUAUAUGCAGUCAAGGUGGAGAUUGCGCUGUAUCUUCAGUGUCAGUCAAAGGAGCCGGUGAUAGAUGAGUCGACAGGAUCCGUCGAGCGCACCGGCCUUUCGUCUUAUACUUUUACUGUCCAGGAUGGUUGGAUAACGGUAACGUUAACGUAUCUGGUAUUGUAAGGGCCGCGCGAAACAUUCCUAGUAAAGACUGGACGAUUAGUUAGCUGUCGCCAUUGCGAGUGUAACGUUAACAUCAUCUCUACUCGAUUGUAUUUUUGUGUAGUCCGUGUCUCUCUGUGCGGCCUUUUAAAUGCAAAAAUACGUUGAGUGGACGUGUGAAACUAUCAUUACACAAAACCCAUCUCGGCUAUAGAGGCUCAAACGGUGCCAAGUAGUUAACGUUACCACAUAGCUAGCCUAUCUUGACCAGCACCCGGGUCUUUGUGGAAAGACUUCAAAGAUGUUUGAAACCAGGGGGUUACCAUUCGUUCUGCUGGACAUUGUCUGCUUAUUUUUGGCUGGUCUCCCACUGGCGGCCUUUAACCUGGGUAAAAUCAAGCCUUACCAGAGGGGCUUUUUUUGUAAAGAUGAGGGCAUCAGCUACCCGUUUCACCACAGCACGGUCACCUCCACUGUGCUGUACACGGUUGGCUUCGCUCUGCCCAUUAGUUGUAUGAUCUUUGGGGAGUGCCUUUCAGUCUAUCUAAAGCGCAUCAAAUCCAAGUCCUCUUUCAGCAACAGCUAUCUGGCGUGUGUCUACAAGGCCAUCGGCACCUUUCUGUUCGGGGCGGCCAUGAGCCAGUCCCUCACCGACAUCGCCAAGUACUCCAUCGGGCGCCUGCGACCGCAUUUCCUGGACGUGUGCAAGCCUGACUGGAGCAAAAUCAAUUGCACAGCGGGUGCCUACAUUGAGGACUUCACCUGCACCGGGAACGCGCGCAUGGUCAACGAGGGCAGACUCUCUUUCUACUCUGGCCACUCUUCCUUCUCCAUGUACUGCAUGCUGUUCCUGGCACUUUAUAUUCAGGCGAGACUGCAGGCCGAGUGGGCCAGACUCUUGCGGCCAACGAUUCAGUUCUUCCUGAUCGCAGCGUCCGUGUACACGGGCCUGUCUCGUGUCUCCGACUACAAGCACCACUGGAGCGACGUCCUCACGGGUCUGCUGCAAGGGGCACUCAUGGCCAUCCUAGUGGUGUUCUGUGUGUCAGACUUUUUCAAGAAAAGUGUGGAGCCAGCGAAAGAGACCGAAAUCCCCCACACCACUCUCCAGGAGACCCCGACCAAUGGAAACCAUUAUGACAAUCCCAGCUAAACUUCAGAGGAACCAAAAGUUGUUGACACCACUGAUCCGGUGGGAAGAGAUUACAUCGUGCACCCACUUAAAAAAAAAGAUACAAAAGGACAUUUAAGUAAAACAAAAAAAGAAAUGAAGAAAAUAUAUAUAUGAAGGGGGCGGACCACUGCCGGUGAAGAGUACCUGUGAAUGUACCUUGCUUGGAUCUGCACUCCAAGUGGCGGAUGCUUGACUUUUCCUUACAGACGCUGUUUGUUGUCGUUCCAUGUUGCCUUGGCUGGACUUGCUGCUAUUGCUGCUACCAGAGCUUCUUGUUUUUUUUCUUCCUUUAAAAACUAAUAUGAAGAGUGUACCUCUAUAUGCAUCCGAAGAAGAAAAAAAACACACACCAUAUGUUUUUUUUUUUUUAUCUGUAUUAAGAGGAAAAAAAAAUUCACUAUACAGACGUUUUUUUAAUUAAAAUUAUGUUUAAAAAGUGUAUGUACAAAAAAAAUCUGUUGCGCUUUCUGAAAGAAUAAGAAAAAAACCACAAAGCCAUUAUGCUUCUUAACACAAAUAAACAUCAUUUCAAUGUCA